AUGGGUAAUGUUAUGUUUGGGCUCCCCUCCGGAGCACUUCUCUCCAUUCCUAAAAUGGACAGUCCUAUCCAACAAUCUCCAUUCGAAAGUACUUGGUUAACCAAAAUUUAUGAAACAUCAAUGGAUUUAUCAUUCCCCAUGACCAUUGCUCUUGUUUACUUCUCUUUUGUCCACUUUGUCAAUCCCUUCGUGGUCAAGCGUCAGUUGAGAAAGGCUGGUCUUCCAACGGACAAGCAAUUGUCCAAGAAGGAAACCAAAAAGGUUCCUGCUGCACCAUUUGCAAUUGCUCAAACUAAUAUCUUCAAGUUUGUUGUAUUUUUGCACAACGUCUUUCUCUGUGUUUAUUCUGUCUGGACGUUUUUUGGCUUUACCGCUGCUUUAAGAAAAACUAUGGAUGUCAUUGAAUGGACUCAUACUACCGGUGGUUCUAGAUUUGAUACUUUUUGGCACACAGUUUGUGAUAUUGAAAAUGGAGUCUUUGCCGAUUCUAGUAAGUUUGCAUACCAUAACUUACAAGUUUACGGUUGGUGGUUUUAUAUGUCCAAGUUUUAUGAAGUUCUUGACACCAUUAUCAUCUUAUUAAAGGGCCGCCCAUCCUCAUUGUUACAAAGUUACCAUCAUGCUGGAGCUAUGAUGUGUAUGUGGGCUGGUGUUCGUUUCCAAUCUCCUCCUAUUUGGAUUUUCGUUGUUUUCAACUCAUUUAUUCACUCAUUAAUGUACUUUUACUUUAGCUUGCUGUGCCUUAAAAUUAGAGUGCCCAAUGCCUUCAAACGAUCAUUAACUUCAAUGCAGAUUGCUCAGUUCGUUAUUGGUGGUUCAUUAGCUGCAUUCCAUUCAUUUGUCUACUUGGCCGAUCCUGAUGGAAUCAUGACUAGUUGCAUACAAACAUCUGAUCAAGCAUUGGCUUUGUUUAUGAAUGUCGGGUACCUUGCACCUCUUACUGCUUUAUUCGGUGCUUUCUAUAUUGAAAGUUAUUUAAAGCGUAACACUAAGAAAGCUUGA